AUGGGCGGAGCAUCGACCUUCGCAACUGCCGGGGCAAAGCUCGUCGCGGCGUGGAACAAGGCCAAGCCGGGAGUCACCCAGGACGUGGUGAACUACGAUGGGGUAGGAUCGGGCGCCGGGAUCACCGGAUUCAACAGCGGCACUUACGUCAUUGCUAUCUCCGAUGACACCAUGACCACAGCGCAAGAGGGCGGUAGCACCUCCCCCAAGAUCACCGUGCCGCUCUGCGUCUCCACCUUCAGUUUCUUCGUCAACGGCAAGCCCAACAUCUGGAUGACCGCCACCCAGACGUAUCAGAUCUACAGCGGCGCAAUCGCCGCAUGGGGCGCCGCCGUCCCUGGCUCGGUCGGCAAGGUCGCGGGCGCUAUUACCCGCGUGGCGCGCAGCGACAAGUCCGGAUCCACCGCGAUUGUGAAGACCAUGUGGAGCAAGGCCGUCUCGGGCUAUGGCGACGGCACGGACGGCACUUCCAUGACGUACACCGGCCUUAAGAAGGUGGAGGGCACCCAGGCCGUGUGCGACGCGAUUGCCGCGACCAAGGGCGCCAUUGGUUACGCGUUCACCGGUGCCUGCAGCGUGACUGCGAAGCGUCAGUUCGCGGCUGUCAAGAACGCUGCUGGCGUGGCCAUUGUCCCCUCUAAAUGGAAACCCGGAGCUGCGAUUCCCACCACCCCGCCCGCCGCACCUGAUGCUUCCUGGGCGAGCGUCGACUUUAUCUACAAGGGCGGAGCUACGACCCCUCCCAUGGUGUCUAUGGAGUUCGCGUUCAUCCGCAAGACGGUCAGCGGCGCGCAGGGCAGGAUCGCCAAGGUGUUCAUGCAGUAUAUGAUUGUCUCUCUGAAGAAGAACGGUGGGUAUGGGUUCAGUGCGACGCCUCCUGCUUGGCUCAACCCGUCCAGUGCCAUGGUGAAUGCCAUUGUUGUGUCGGCGUAA